AUCUGUUAUUGCGAAGUGUGCGUGCUGUACUGUACUUCUAGAACAUUUGUUACCGCUGCGAUGGAAUCUAACGUUGCCCCUGUUGAAAGGAAGGAUCCUGACGAGUUUCCACCAAGCUACAGUUCUCUGGGACAUGAACAGCCGCCGCCCUCCGGUUCCUACUAUCCCCCAUCUCAACCACCGCAGUAUCCCAACACACAGCAGCCUCAACCGAUGAUGUAUCCCAAUGCCCAGCACCCCCAAUUCAUGGUACCACCUACACAGAUCGUCACAGUUGGACAUGUGGAUGAUUACAUGCCCUUGUCGCUGCUGACUUUGCUGUGUUGCUGUUGUCCGAUCGGAAUAUGCGCUCUGAUGAGCUCAAUGAGGGUUCGAGAUGCUCUGAGGGUGGGGGAUCACGUCGGUGCGAUGAACGCGUCCAAGAGUGCACGCAGUUUGAAUAUCGUCGGAAUUAUUAUCGGUUGCACUGUGAUUGUCAUUAUGAUUGUGGGAGUGGUGGUGACCUUCGCUAGAUAGAGACUGAUUUCUAAUGCAACAUCA